CUCAUCACCAGACAAUUCAAAGUUACCAGCAGUCGCUCCUUUGAACCACCAUACGCUCUGUCUGCUGUUGUCCCCGGAAAAUUCCACCCGUCUGUUCAUUUCUCCUUGAACACCAUCACCGAUCUCCUCUCUCCUUUACAAUAAUUAUCUCAUCGCGUUGCCCUUGAGUUCUCCAGACAUUCUCAAGAUGAUAUUUAUCAAGGCUACUCUUCUCGCAUUCAUUUUGACCUUCAGCAGCCUUGCCAUCGCCGUCCCAACCCGUGCUUGUCUUCUGUCCGCGGUAGGGUAUGUGUGCCCAGUAUCCAAACCCUGCUGCUGCUGUGGUUGAUAUCACUUGCUGAAUGAGAAUACCUAGUUCUCAGCCUAAUCCGGAUGAUCUUCAGGCCAUUUGCGUCACAAAUGGCAAGCGAAUAAAGGAUAAGAUUGCGGACCUCUGCGGCGACGAUACCAAGGUGGCUAUGCAGCAGUUCUCCGACACAUGUGCCUCGGCUGGGUACAAAGUUGGUAUGUUGGAUAGGAAGCUGUCGCACAGACGUAUACUGAGCGCAAUGUUCUAUGUAGUGAACGACACAUUCACCAUUUCUGGCGUCUCAUCAUCCACCGCCGUUCCGAACCCAACUAAGACCGGUUCUGUCGAUGUCACUCCAACCGUCUCGUCCAGCAUCAUUUCAGGGUCCAUUUCAAGCCCAUCUCCCAGCUUUCGGCCCAGCUUCAGGCCCAGCUCAUCACCUAGUGCUUAUCCCAGCCCGAUCGUUUCAGCUGGUUCGUCGGACCGCCAUGUUCCCGCUGCCGCAUUCGCAGCUGUUGUCUUCUUCGGGUUCGCAGCGGCACUGUAGUCUCUAUCAGUACUUGUUUAUCAAUUGCGGGUCAACAAUUUGCGAAUCUGCAUUCCGUCGUUACAUGUUCGAGUAUGACUUCUUGUACAAUAUUCCGCCGUGGAAUAGAACGCAGCUCAACCAUGAUUUGCUUCGUAUAUGCUACUUUGCAAGACAAUUCCGGUGGCCGAAAAGGGAAACCCUUUGAAGAACCUGAUGGAUGCCGGUGGAGAGGUCUUUUCUUAGCCAAUUUCUCGAUAUCUUACCAAGCAUCGCGGCGGUCUGCCUCCAGCUGGUAGUUUAGUUCACUCCAGCGCGGAGCUGAUUUGUAAGAU